UAAGAAGAUUUUCACCUCUCCUCGAAAUUCAUCCCCAAACCAAUCCCAAAUCACCAUAUGGGAAAUGGUCGACCGGUCUGAAAUAUGAGAAACGCGGCGGAGCAGCGCCAUCACCUCUGGUGUUUCCUCAUCACAUUGACUUUGAUCCCUCUGCUCACCGCUUCAACCGAUCUCAUCACCCCCACAAAACCCCUCGCUCAAAACAACACCCUAGUCUCCGCCGCCGCCGAAUUCGAGCUGGGCUUCUUCCCCGGCGCAUCCAACACCUGGUACGUCGGCAUCUGGUACAAGAACAUCCAAGAAAGAGUCGUCGUCUGGGUCGCCAACCGAGACUCCCCUCUCUCAAACUCCUCCGGGAUCCUCAAAAUCACCCCCGACGACGGCCGCCUCACUUUACAAGACCAUUCCGGAGCAUCCCUGUGGUCGGCGCCGCACCUCUCCGCCACCUCCAGCGGCGGCAGCAGAGUCGCCGAGCUGCUGGAUAACGGCAACUUUGUCCUCCGCGAAGAAGACGACGACGACCCGGAUAAUUACCUGUGGCAGAGCUUCGACUAUCCAACGGACACGUUGCUGCCGGGGAUGAAGCUCGGGUGGGACUCCAAAACAGGGCUGAAUCGAUACAUAACGUCGUGGAAAUCCGCCGACGAUCCGUCCACGGGAGAGUACAGUUUCAAGCUCGACAUCUCCGGCUAUCCGGAAAUACAUUUGUCGAACAGAGACAGGACUUAUUACCGGAGCGGCGCGUGGAACGGCCUCAGAUUCAGCGGCGUCCCGGAAAUGAGGCCGACCAGCCCGCUCCUGUCGUUUCUCUUUGUCAGGAAUCCAUAUCAAGUUUCAUAUUCUUUCAAUCUGCUCAACGGCUCGAUGCAUUCGAGAUUGGUGGUGAAGCACUCGGGGGCGCUGCAGCGAUUCAUCUGGAUUCCGUCGAGCGGAGUCUGGAAUCUUUUCUGGUACGCUCCCAAGGACCAAUGCGACGUGUACAGAGAGUGUGGGGUUUACGGAAUCUGCGACGCGAAUGCUUCGCCGGUUUGCAAGUGCAUGAGAGCGUUCGAGCCGAAGGAUCCGCAGGCGUGGAGUCUCCGGGAUGGAUCGGAUGGCUGCGUGCGCGUUGUUGAAUUGGACUGCGGGACGGACGAUUUCUUAGCGAUGAGCAGCGUGAAGCUGCCGGAGAGCGGGGCGGCGGAUGUGUAUGCGGAGAUGAAUUUGGAUCAGUGCCGGGAAAUGUGCCGGAGGAACUGUUCGUGCCGGGGUUAUUCGAGCGCGAAUAUCAGCGACGGGAGCGGAUGCGUUGUUUGGGGGGAGGAUCUCUACGAUAUGAGGGUGUACGCCGCGUCGGAAGGCGGAGGGCAGGAUUUCUAUUACCGGGUGCCGGCGGCGGAAUUAGUAGCACCAGCAGCUUCAGGAGGUGGAGAUGACUCUAACAAGACUAGACAAACCAUCAUGAUUGCUGGGAUUGUUGUUGGAAGCGCCGCACUGCUCCUUGGGCUCGCUAUUUUCCUUGUAUCGAAGAAACGGAAAUCAGAGACUGUAAAUAUAGUAGUGCGUAGAGGAUCAAGGGAAAGAAGCCAAGAAGACCAUCUGUUGAAUGCACCAACAAUUCCAAGCAAACGAGACCAGUCGGGCGAAACAGCAGUAGAUGACAUAGAGCUGCCUCUGUUCGACAUCACUACAUUAUUCAUUGCGACCAACAAGUUCACUGAUGAGAAUAAACUAGGCCAAGGUGGUUUUGGCAUUGUUUACAAGGGUGUGCUAGCAGAAGGUCAGGAAAUAGCUGUGAAGCGGCUGUCCAAGACUUCUGUUCAGGGAGUAGAUGAGUUCAAGAAUGAAAUGAAGCUGAUAGCUAGACUUCAGCAUAGAAAUCUUGUUCGUCUACUCGGAUGCUGCGGUGAGAUGGAGGAGAAGAUGCUGGUGUAUGAGUACAUGGAAAAUAAGAGCCUCGAUUCAAUUAUCUUCAAGAAAAACAAAAGCUCAAUGCUCAACUGGCAAACGCGUUUCAAGAUCAUAAAUGGGAUCGCACGAGGCCUCCUCUAUCUGCACCAAGAUUCAAGAUUCAGAAUCAUCCACAGGGAUCUCAAGGCCAGUAACAUUCUCCUUGAUAAAGAUAUGGAGCCUAAGAUAUCGGAUUUUGGCAUGGCAAGAAUCUUUGGAGGAGAUCAAACUGAAGCCAACACAAAGAAAGUUGUUGGAACAUACGGCUACAUGUCACCAGAAUAUGCAAUGGACGGCCUCUUCUCCAUAAAAUCCGAUGUUUUCAGCUUCGGGGUUCUGGUUCUGGAGAUAGUGAGCGGGACGAAGAACAGAGGAUUCUAUCAAACAAAUAACCAUCUCAAUCUUCUUGCGUAUGCGUGGAAAUUAUACAGGGAAGGGAGGGCGCUGGAGCUGGUGGACUCAGCGGCAGGUGAAGAAUAUGUGGCAGGUGAAGUACUGAGAUGCAUACAAGUGGGAUUAUUGUGCGUGCAGGAGCAGGCCGAAGACAGGCCCAAUAUGUCCAACGUUGUGCUCAUGUUAAGCAGAGAUUUCGUGUCUAUGCAACAGCCUACUCAUCCAGGAUACUGCCUGGGAAGGCGCCCUACUGAAACGAGAAUGGACGAAGAAUCAUGCACAGUCAACCAAGUUACCGUUACCAUGCUUGAUGGUCGAUAGUCAUUCACUAACUGCUCCUCCUCAUUUUAACCUACAAUUUCAUGUCUCUCUUCAACAUCCAUAACUUGAAUUUUGCUCAUACAGGUAGGAUUAGUUUUGCCAAGAUUUCUCAUUUUACUGUAAAUCGUUCUCAAAUCUAGUAUACUAAAUGUUCUUGCUUUCUAGUUUUAGGCCCUCAUUCAAAAAGAAUCAUCAUUUUGGGAAAACAAUACAUUAGAUUUGCAAUGCUUUUUUUCUCUGUUUGUCCCCUUUGAUCA